AUGUAUGAUAGUGGCGUGAAAAUUGUUCUUCAUGGAGCUUCACAGUUCCUCAAUCAAAAUGAUUUACUAAGCCUAUGUACCACUAACCGAUCGGUUGCAAAUGAUAUAGCAAUACCCAAGUUAUACGAGAAUAUAGUAAUAUCAAGGAACGUUCCCUUAAGAAGCGAAUUAUGGUUUAUUGAUGUUACGAAGACUUAUGUGGGUGGUUAUAGAGCUAUUAAAAAAAGCUCUGAUCAGAAUGAUAUAUUCUUAUAUGAUCGUAUAUGUCGCUUAACUGAGUCACCUCAUCUGGGUUACUUGAAAACAUUGACGAUUCAGGAUAAUGUAUUUGAGGAUAAGGUUGCUGGAAAUGAAGUUCUACAGAGACUAAUAGAUAAAGUUAUAGAACUGCAAUGCAUAGAAAAUUUGGACAUCCGGGAUAAGGUAUUGUUCCAGCAAAAUUAUAACCGGAUAAGAAACUUGCCAUCUUUAAUUAAGGUUAAGGUGGUAGGAUUGGAUGAUCUAGAAAAACUGCCUAAAGAACUGUCUGUCAGCCUGAAAUCUUUGGACUUGGUGCUAACAAAUUCUUCCUUCGAUAGGUCUGGUAUUUCUUCACAUAUUAAAAAAGGAUUACUUCCUAAUAUUCAGGAGUUGUUCAUCGAAGAUGUGGAAUUUUCAAGUCUGCGCUUAUUUGAUUUUUUGAGUCAGGAAGGUACUGUGCUUAAUAAUUUAAAAGCUCUUAAACUUUGUCAUGUUCAUAGUGUUAACAAUUACAACAAUGCAACAAAUGAACUAGAUCUUUCCAGUUUGAAAAAUGUCCUCUCCCUUCGGCAGCUUAAGAAACUGGAAUUGGAAUUUUCAUGUGAACUGGAAAACUGCGAUUGUGCGGAUACUUUUUUAACAGAAUUAGCGGCAAAUCUAUCUUCUUUAACUCACCUUGGUCUUAUAGAAGCUAUAUUCCUCGACUCUUGGAGUCAUCAAACGUCAGAAAAAUGGGACUUGUGGGCCUGUAGAUUUAUUCAUGAUCUUCCAAACGUAGGUCAGAACCUUAGAGCGUUGAGUAUCCGCCAUAGUCUCCCUCGUGAUGGUAUUAUCGCAGAUGCUGUUGAAGGUAACUAUAUUAGAAGAAGGACAUUGUAUGAACAUGUUUUGCCCAAGUUAGAAUCUCUGAAAACUCUGAUUGCGCCGACAUUUCUCCAGACUUUGAGUGCUUACGAAGUGUUAGUUUGCGAUUUAUUGUGGAAUGGUUGCGAAUGUAAGUUUUGUAAAAAAGUCUUGGGAAUCUACGACAAGUAUCUCAUGAAUCACCACUAUCUAUGCAAGAAGAGCGGAUCUCAUAAGGAUAUCAUACCUACUGUAAUGUUUACGUACAGCGGUGAUGCACUAUCACAGCGGAUAACGCCACAUGUCGACUGGGACAUAAAUGCUUUGUCUAUCGCACCAGUUUUUCAUACCUGGAAUAUGCACGGUUAUGAUAAUGUAUCCCACUAUUCUGAUUUCGAAUGUCUGUAUGAUGAGACAGCGUUUGAAUAUCUUGGUGUAGUAAUAUCACACUUUUUUGAUACCUACAUGGAUCAUAUUGUUCGUUUGUUGCCAAGACUUGAAACCUGCAUUCUAUCUGGGGUUUACUACUCCUGUGAUCGCAAUAGAAAACACCAUUGUAUAUACGAUAGGCCUUAG